UAAUUUAGGUAGUUUGUAUCUUUUUAACUGCUGCACUUGGUUUACCAGAAUCAUUAAUUCCAGUUCAAUUACUAUGGGUAAAUUUAGUAACUGAUGGUUUACCAGCAACAGCACUUGGUUUUAAUCCACCUGAUUUGGAUAUUAUGGAACGUCAACCACGAAAAUCAAAAGAAGCUUUAAUAACUCCAUGGCUUUUCUUUCGUUAUUUAGCCAUUGGAACUUAUGUUGGUUUUGCUGUUGUAUGGAGUGCAACAUGGUGGUCAAUGCAUGCUACAAAUGGUCCGCAUCUUUCUUAUUGGCAUUUGAAAAAUCAUUUUAAAUGUCGUAUUGGUGGCAAAGAAUGGGAAGGUAUUAAUUGUUCUGUCUUUGAUGAUCCACAUCCAAUGACAAUGGCACUUUCAGUACUUGUCACUAUUGAAAUGUUAAAUGCACUUAAUAGCUUAUCUGAAAACCAAUCUCUUCUUAAAAUGCCACCAUGGACAAAUAAGUAUUUAUUAUAUGCAAUUACUUUAUCAAUGUCUUUACAUAUGAUGAUUCUUUACAUUCCAAUGUUUAAUACUGUAUUUCAAAUCUGUCCACUUUCAUUAGAAGAAUGGUUGGCUGUUAUUAAAAUCUCUCUACCGGUUAUAUUACUCGAUGAAUUACUCAAAUUUACAGCACGACGAUAUAUUGAUCGUGGUCUACAAUCAAAACCUGUGUUACCCGAUGUUAUGUCAAUGUUUAAAAAUGAUUUAACUCCAAUCGAUAAAAUAUCAAAUCAUCAUGCAACUCAUAUUGAUUAG